AUGGCAGAUUCUUUAGAUACUUUUAGUUCUGAUCAUUUUUUAUUAAUUGGAUUUUUUGAUUUCCUUAAUAUUCGUGAUUUACGUGCUCCGAGUUAUUUAAAACAAUGUUCAAGAUUCCGUACUGAAUAUAAUGUUUAUGUUGCUCUUCCUGAACAAAAGAUUCUUUUUACUGCAGAAGUGGAUUCUGGUCUUAAGAAACCUGCUUACUCUAAGGGUGAUGGAUACCUAAAUCAAGAAUGGUAUCGGCUAAAAUCCACCUUACUUACCGCCGCUCGCCGUGCUUUUUCCAAACGAAUAAUUUCUUUAAACAAGCUUCAAGUAGUUCCAUUCAAACUCAGACCUUUUAUCCAUCUUAGUCAGAAAUUGGAUCAUUAUAUUAGUUCACUUUUUAAAAUUUUUUCAAUUUCUGACCUCUAUUUUUCUUGGAAUCGAUUUUUUCCAUCCUUUUGUAGAGAAUUCACGGAUUUAUUUCCUGAUCAGUCUGCCUUUAUUGAUUCCCUUCCUAUUCCUACUACACUUUAUUCAGUUUUUAUAACUUUGCAUUUAGACUUUCCGACUUUCUUGACGAAAUUUCAAACCUUUUUACGAACCAUUAAAAGGUUUAUUUCUGGAAAAGUCACUUUAGAAUUUGAUAAUCAUAAGCAAGUUGCUAUGAAAGCUGCUAUUGCUGAACAGAACUCCAAUUUCUAUGAAGAUAAAGGAAAAUUCAUCCGCAGCUCUUUGAAUCGAGAAAAACGAAGCAUUGUUUUGGACUGA